GGGAAGGCGAAGCGGCGCCUGGAGCCGCUGGGCACUUGCUUCAGGAGGGCACUUGGAGCUCGGCUGCUGUCCCGGAAGGCCUGAGUGCCGGGGGCUCCUCCGUUCCCUCGGUAGCUGCUCCGCACGUGUCCGCGGAAGUGAACAUGCCCAGGAAGUCAUGACCAGGUGGGCACGAGCAAAUGUCACCCACAACAAGAAGGCUCUGGAUGCAACACCAUGGGAACAUAUGAAAAAUGAUGCCACCGGAAACACAACAACAAAUAGAAAGCAAAGCUCUUCAAACAACUUUUCCUUGAGAAGUACUCAAGGGAAGAAGAAAAAUAAGAAGAAAAAAGACUAUACGAAUGAAGAUGUCAACGGUUUUAUGGAAUAUUUAAAACAGAACUCUCAGACGUUGCAUAAAGGAGAGCUGAUCAACAGCCGUGAAGCAAAGGAUGAAAUAGCAACAGCUUUGAAAAAGGACCGGCGGCGAGAGGGGAGAAGAGUGAAAAGGCAGGAAAUGAAAAAGAACACAAUGGUGUGCUUCCACUGCAGAAAGCCAGGACACGGUGUGGCAGAUUGCCCAGCUGUACUCGAAAGCCAAGAUAUGGGAACUGGAAUUUGUUACCGCUGUGGAUCUACAGAGCAUGAAAUCAACAAAUGCAGAGCAAAAAUAGAUCCCGCUCUUGGGGAAUUUCCAUAUGCAAAAUGCUUCAUUUGUGGUGAGAUGGGACACCUCUCAAGGUCAUGUCCCGAUAAUCCUAAAGGACUCUAUGCUGAAGGAGGUGCUUGCAGGAUCUGUGGAUCUGUGGAGCACUUUAAAAAAGAUUGUCCAGAGAAUCAAAAUGCAGAUCGAGUGGCAACUGUUGGUCGAUGGCUCAAAGGAAUGAGUGCAGAUUACCAAGAGGUUUUAGACAGCCCUAAACCACAAAAACCAAAACCAAAAAUAGCUAAAGUUGUUAACUUCUGACAACUGCUGCCUGGCGUCAUUCUUUACAACAAUUCUCUGUGUUUGGCUUAAAGUUAUAGUACUAAAAAUGGACUGUGAACUGUAGUUCCAGAAUAAGCCAUAACUGCACUCUCCUAAGUGAUGAUCACUUAAUAAAACCCUGACUUAAAUGGAAGCUUCCUAGAGAGGAGAGGAAAUGCCUUGCUUGAAGAUAAAUUGCAGCAAGUGACUG